AUGGAUUUCACUGUUGGAAAAUCAUGGUAUAAUAAGCCUAAUGAAUCUUCUAUCUCUGAUAAUUCUUCGACAAAGCACAAAGCCAAAGGCAAAGGCAAAGGGGUUCAUGGCACGGAAUCAAACACUUCUUCUUCAGCUACUGAUGGCUUUGCAAUUGAAAGAGAUGAUCCCGCUCCAUUCAGAGCUAGGGCAACCCAUGUUCAGCGUCUAGAAACUCUCGCAAGUCAGGCAGAACACGAUCAGGACGAAGACGUCAAGCAGGCUGAUCUCAAUUCCAUGCACUUCAUUCAGCCACUGGACCGGGAAGAUAAAAUAAAAAAAAAGCUGAACCGACAGCUUCCAGUUGAGAUGACCUUCGGAGAGUCAAUGAAGGGUUAUUCUCCCCCUAAACGCUCCCGGUGGGCUGAUGUCUUCGAGACGAGACGCUUUGAUCGAAAGCUGACACCCCCCAACUUCAUCACCAAUACUUCGAAAAAGCCAUCAUCUCCCAAAUUCGUCACCAGUCCACUACAAAGGAUGUCACCACCUCCUGACCCUGGUAGUAUGGUCCAUUCAAACGUCGUGUCGAAGAUGAAAUCUCCAUUGACAAAGAAGAUACAUGGUUCAAAAGACUCCAAAAGGUUUCGUGAAUUCUUAGCCAGAAGCGAUAGUGCAAUGCCUUUGUUCAUCUCACCAACUGGUACAAAUCAACAGUUCUUCCCGGCCACUAGGUCCUCUCGUCCGUCCAAUACUUCUUCCGUAGCCGGCGCAUCUAGCACUACUUGUCUGCUGGCUAACUCUUCUCGUCCAUCCAAUAACUCUCAUCUUUCGGUUAAUCAUUCGAUGGCAGUACAUUCAUUGAGCAAUUCCAGAGGCUCGAGAUCAUCAACACAUACGAGGACAAGCACUAAUCACUCGCUGAGCACUGGUGGAACAGUGUGGUCACCCAUGGACCGUAGUUUUGAUUCUUCUGUUUCCCAGCGCACGGAUCACACUCGUAUGAGCUCUGCAUCUAGUAACUUUGCCCAUCAACCAGCUAUUCCUGAGCAUCAUCACAUUAUUGUCACACCACCUGCGUGGCACAAUUUUGACCAGGCGUCCCCUGAGAUGCUCCCGCCACUCAAGACGUUUUCAGAUCAAGGCAUGGCUCUUUCAAUAACCCCAGUUCCUCCACAAUCAGCAUCCAUGGCUAUGGAUAGCAUGAUGGGUUCUUUCCCUGAUCUAUCCCAUUUGGUUAAGAAGUUUCGUCCUACCAACAUGCUUCUCCGAGAACAAGGUAUGAUCCCAGAUAAUUCUCGUCAGGACACGAAUUACGAAGGCGACGAGAACCAUCCUGAUUUGCUCGGCCUUCCUGAUGACAUUAAUUGCUGCAUGUGGAUCAUCAACAUUCCGCCAGAAGUUCAGCAUGGAGAGUUCAUGCGCCUCCUCGAUUGUGGUGCCGUGGCUGCACUAUCCUUGGUUCCGCCUCAGAGAGGCCAUGUUACGCAAGCUGCAAAGGCCACAUUCAAGAAGGUUACGAGUGGUGCUGAGCUCUAUCGUCGCGCUCGCCACAGAUCUGGACUUCGAAUUCGUGGACAAAAAAUCAAGGUCUGGUACAACGAUUACGGUGCGUACGAAUGGACGGGUCCUGAGACACGUUUCUUGGAAAUCGAGGCACCGGUAGUACUCGAUGAUAACUUUUGGCGGUCAUAUUUCAACAACUGGUGCAAGAACAUUGUAAUUUCGAUCCAGCCACUUCAUUGCGCAAAAUAUGGCUUUGCGUUCACAAGAUUUGAGUUUGUUCGAAUCGCGGGACAGGCCCAGACCUGCUUCCAAGCAAUUCAGAAAGAUGAGGCGUUUUUGGGACAGGUGAACGUCCAAUAUGGCAUAGAUCCUUAUGACUUUUGA